AUGUCUGGCCUGGUUGCUUUUGCACAAUUCAAGAGACAGAUUUUGGAACAGCGCCCGAGUUUAGGGUAUUCCUUUAGUCUGGUUGACAUCCUGACAUCAGCUGACAGCAGAGGGCUGGAGCUUUGGGACAGCGAGACGCAGGUUCACAAAGAACAAGACGAUUCAGGCAAUGACAGAAGAAUAGGGCGAGUGACAUCCAGAUUGGGUGAAUAG